AAUAUAAAAGAGUCGUGAAGUAAGAAGCCAUAAUGCUAUAGGGAAUAUCUUGGGUUUGGUCUACGAAAAUUAGUCAUCAGCCCUACAAACUUUAUCAAGACCAAAGACCAAACUCUCGUUUCCCAUAAAAAUACACAAAAAGAAAAAAAGAAAAGAAAAAAGAAGAAAAAUAAUUAAAAAAAGAAAGAAAAAAACUAUGAAUAUCUCCAAAACAAAAAUGAACGGACUUGUUGUCCUGUUAUUCAUCGCAUUUGUGAGUGUAGGGGCAGCAGUGGCAAACAACACCACGAGAAGGGGGUUAGGCGUAAAAUAUAGAGGACCAUGUGUGUCCUCUAAUCUUAUUGACAAAUGCUGGAGAUGUGACCGUCGUUGGGCUGAAUAUCGCGAAAAAUAUGCUACAUGUGCCCUCGGUUUUGGCCGCAAUGCUCUUGGUGGAAAAGGUGGAAAGGUUUACGUUGUUACAGAUAACUCUGAUCACAACGUGGAGAAUCCUCCACCAGGUACCCUUAGGCAUGCGGUGAUUCAAAAGGAGCCCUUGUGGAUCGUAUUCGGCAAACACAUGCAUAUAAAGCUGACGAGGGAACUGCUGGUGCAAAGCUACAAAACCAUCGAUGCCCGUGGAUUCAAUAUCCAUAUCGAACAUGGAGCUGGAAUUAAGAUGCAAAAUGUGAACAACGUUAUCAUCAGUAACCUUCACAUUCACAACAUUCGAGUUACUGGUGGUGGCAUGAUCAGGGACUCAGUAGACCAUGUUGGGAUGAGGACUGGGGAUGAAGGUGAUGCCAUCAGCAUCUUCGCGUCUCGCGACAUCUGGAUAGACCACGUGUCCAUGUCACGUGCCGCAGAUGGGCUCAUCGAUGCCGUCCAAGGAUCAACCGGUAUCACCAUCUCCAACUGUCACUUCACUGAUCACGAUAAAGUAAUGUUGUUUGGUGCAAAUGAUGAAUACGCGGAAGACAAGAAAAUGCAUAUUACCUUGGCUUACAACCAUUUUGGUAAGAGGUUGGAUCAAAGGAUGCCUAGGUGCAGGCUCGGAUUCUUCCAUCUUGUCAACAAUGAUUACACCCAUUGGAUGAGGUAUGCUAUUGGCGGAAGCAGUGAAGCAACAAUUAUUAGCCAGGGUAACCGUUUUAUCGCACAACAAAAUAAUUUAAUUAAAGAGGUGACACACAGGGAAAAGGCAGUAGAGUCAGUGUGGAAGCAUUGGACUUGGUUAUCAUUGGAUGACGAUAUGCGAAAUGGUGCAUUCUUUAGAACUUCUGGUGAUCAAACAGCACUAACCAAAUUACGACACCUUAAUUUGAUACCGGCAGAGCCAUCAUACAAAGUUGGAAUUCUUACUAAAUUCUCAGGAUCACUUGCUUGCUUAGUAGGACGACCUUGCUAGUACACAGGCCACAAUUAUAUGUUCCAUUUAUUUUAAUUUUUUAUUAUUUGAUUUCAAAACAAAAAUAAUUUUUAAAUAUAGUUAACCUCUAGCAACCCCAUUUACCAAGACCAAAAUUAAGAAAGAGAUAUGUUCCAUCCAGAGGUCCAUUCUGUUCUUUUUUUUUUUUUCAAUUUUUUGGUGAAAGGUUUUGAGGUGGUCUAGAGGAUUAUCCUGCAACUAAUUUUAACUUGUUAACUACAUUUAAGUUUUUAAUAAAGUUCGUUUUUAAAUUCGCUUA